UGUGGGAGGACGGGCCCAUCCACAUGGCUAAUUUGAAAAAUAAUAAUAAUAAUUGCGUAUUUGAUGAAUUCAUUUGGUUUCAUUUAAAGUUUAAACGUUACUCGCAGUCUCGCACCGAGAGCUCAGAGAAAACACCAAAAACUGUGACUUUCCCUCCUUCCCAUCUCUAAUCACAUGACUCGUCCUUUCAGAUUCUUAAGCGGCGUGAAUUCGUCGUCCACGGCCGAGUCGUCAGCGCCUGACUCAGCCACCGUAGACUCGGACUUUGUGGUAAUCCUCGCAGCUCUGCUUUGCGCCUUAAUCUGCGUGCUGGGGCUGGUGGCCGUCGCUCGAUGCGCCUGGCUCCGGCGCCUCUCCAUAGUUCCUUCUUCAUCAACGGCCGCUGCAACCUCGUCUCGACCUUCAGUUCCUCCACCAAACAAAGGCCUCAAGAAGAAAACCCUCCGCUCCCUCCCCAAGCUCACCUUCACCGCCGAUUGCGCUUCUAAGUUCACCGACUGUGCCAUCUGCCUCGCCGAGUUCGCCCUCGGCGACGAGAUCCGCGAGCUUCCGCACUGCGGCCACGCCUUCCACGUGGCCUGUAUAGACACCUGGCUAGGAUCCCACUCCUCCUGCCCUUCCUGCCGUCAGAUUCUGGUGGUCACAAGGUGCCAGAAGUGCGGUGGUUUUCCGGCGAGCUCUAGCUCUGUAAACGAGGUAAGAUUAAAGGAGCGAGAGGACGAUAUCAAUAGGUUCUUGUCCUAGCGUUAGGCUCUUUCUCUACUUUCUGUGACUCCCUUUUCUUUCCUUUUUUUCCAUAUAUUAAAAUUAUUCUAGUCCAUAUUCGGUUUAAAUUGGAUUAUGGGUAUAAAUCUAUAGGAUUUAAGGGAAAUUGCACAGGAAGAUGACCGACUCUCUGUGAUUGUAUUGGUGUACGUACAAUUGUAUAUUUAUAUGUGAUA